AUGAUUCAAUUUAACUCUCUUCAAAAUCAGAUUGUUUCAAUGCUGAAACUGGGAAGUGAGGAAUUUAUGCAGAAAGUACUCAACAACAGAAGAUGGACAUUGCCAAGUCCUGAAACGAAAAUUCACCAAAUAGUACACACACGAGGCCCUAAUUUCCUGUUGAACACCCACCCACCUUUUGGUGAUGUCAAUCGCGUGAGUAAAGAAAGGGAUUACUUCUAUGUCGUUCGGGAUGAUUUGUUGCACCCACUUGUUAAUGGCAACAAAGCAAGAAAACUCGAUGGACUACUUCCUCUGCUUCAGCAUUAUUCUGUCAGUGAUGUGGUUACAUGUGGAGGUUGUCAGAGUGCUCACACAGCUGCCAUUGCGGUUCUGUGUGCUGAGAGAGGAAUUGUGUCACAUCUGCUUCUACGAGGAGAGCAGCCUGAAAUCUUGACUGGCUAUAACUUGAUGUCUACUAUGUAUGGAAAUGUCAUAUAUGUUCCAAGAACUAUUUAUGCCAACAGGGAAGAGAUGCUGAAGAGCUAUGCCAAGUCCGUGGCUGGUAACGAUGGUUCUGUCCUGUGGUUCGGUGAUAUCAUUGAAGCUUCUUCAGCAACUGAAUUGUCUACUUCUCCAAAUUUCAUGCAAAUGGAUGUAAGUAGAAGUGAGGGAAACCAUCACCGAAACAUUUUAGUUAUCAAUGAAGGUGCUGGUGAUUCUGUUGCUCUACUAGGUGUUAUUCGCUUAGUACAAUACUUAUCACAGAACCAUUUACUUGGCAAAGAAAGACCCAUGAAAUUUGUUGUAGAUGCUGGUACUGGCACAACAGCUGUUGGCUUAGGGCUUGCAGCCCAUUGCUUGGGACUCCCAUGGGAGGUAUAUGCUGUCAUUCUGGCUGACAAAAUUGAAGGGUACAGAAAACAGGAAGCGCAUUUAAUUUCUGAAUUCAAGAAGCAUUUUAACAUUGAGUUUAUUGACCAAAAUGUAAAUAGAGAAGAUGCAGGGAUUGUGAAUUGGGUGGAACGUGGCCGUCCAAGAAAAUUUGGUAAUGUUUUGGAGGGGGAAGUGGAAACAUGUCAGCAAAUUGCCCAACAAACUGGAAUUUUGGUGGAUCCUGUGUAUACAUUAGCUGCUUGGGAAACAGCGAUGCUUCUCUCCAGCAGCGAUGCUGAAGAAGGGCCAGAAGUGGUGUUGCUUCACACUGGAGGCACGUUGGGAAUGUUUGGACUGGCACAGAGAGAAACAGAAGAAUGCAGGAGGUAG